UGCAGAUUUUUUUCCUAUCCUGAAGCCAUUUGAUCCUCAAGGAAUUAGAAGAGAUAUUAAAUGUUGUUUUGGUCGUUUUCAAACGUUAAUUGACAGCAAGAUUGAUGGUCGCAUGAAACGUAGGGCUUCUGGAUCACAAAGAUCUGGGGAUUUCUUGGAUGCUCUUCUUGAUCACAGUGAAGAACAUGGCCCGGAUGAACUGGAUUGCCGUGAUGUUAGACUCCUGCUCAUGGAUAUGUUUGUAGGAGGUACAGAACUACAGAUACUACCACCGCCACAGUGGAAUGGGCAUUGACAGAGCUUAUUCGCAGCCCAGAGAAAAUGGCAAGGGCAAAGCAAGAAUUAAUCAAAAAAGUUGGCUUAGGAUUUAGUGUCAAGGAGCAGGACAUCCUUCAACUUCCUUAUCUAGAUGCAGUCAUGAAAGAAACAAGGAGGCUUCACCCUGCAGCUCCAUUUCUCCUCCAUUGUGCCGAGACAGAUGUAGAAGUUUGUGGUUAUAUCAUUCCAAAACAUACUCAAGUGUUAGUGAAUGUAUGGUCAAUCACGAAGGACCCGGCCUAUUGGAAAGAGCCCACCAAAUUUCAACCAGAAAGGUUUUUGGAUACAGGUAUUGACUUCAGGGGCAGGGAUUUAUCUUUCAUCCCUUUUGGUGCGGGACGGCGAAUUUGCCCUGGAAUGCCGCUGGCAGCGAGGAUGGUGAAGUUGUUGUUGGCUACUCUUGUUCAUAAUUUUGAUUGGAAACUCCCAAAUGGUAUGGAACCGAAAGAUUUGGACAUGAAAGAUGAGUUUGGGCUUACAGCUGAGAAAGCUGAGCCACUUGCUGCCAUUCCUGUGAGGGUUGCAACAUCUUGAAUUCUUCCUCUUCAUGCAGUUGGCCUGGUGGAAAAAUUUGGACCAUCUAGUAUCGAAGUCAAUGUCAUUUUUGAAAAUGUGUAU